GCGGAGAAGGCGAGCCUGCCUGGCAGACGCUGCGGAGGGAUGCCGGAGCACGGGCAACAAGGCGCGCUCCAUUGAGCCGGGCGAAAUCGCUGCACGGUGUAGGAAGAUGAACUAAAGACGCCCCCUGCAAAAUUUUCCCUGGGUGUGGAGUUUGCUUUCCCGCCAUCUCGCUUUAACGAUCCUUCUCAGAAACCACAGCAAGCAUCCUCUCUCUCUCUCUCCCCGCUUUAUUGCUUAGUGGGACCAAAAGAUCCAAUGACCCAACCAGUUGGCAAGCCAUGAGACCCGACGACAUCAACCCUCGCACCGGACUCGUGGUGGCUCUGGUCAGCGUCUUCCUCGUGUUUGGUUUCAUGUUCACGGUGUCCGGGAUCAAGGGCGAGACACUGGGCGACAUCCCUCUGCUGGCCAUCGGGCCCGCCAUCUGCUUGCCCGGCAUCGCAGCCAUUGCCCUGGCCAGGAAAACCGACGGCUGCACCAAGUGGCCCGACUCCAAGUGGUGCCCCCCGGGCCGCGGCUGCCGCAAGAAGCCCAAAGACAAGGACGCCCUGGAGCUGCUCAGGACCCCCUCCGACCUGGAAUCGGGCAAGGGCAGCUGCGAUGAACUGGCCAAGCAAGCCUACACUACCCUAGGCAGGAAAGCCAUCCCCGACGGAGCAAGGGAGGAUGCCAUCCCCGUGGCCCAGGAGGGCAAGACCUUGCUUCUCAAAGUGGACCAGGAGGAGAUGCUCAGGUACUUGGAAAACUGCUACCCGGAGAUGCCCGGGAACGUCUUCGUGGCCGAGGGCGGCCCUUGCAGUGCCUUGCACCAGCCGGACUCCCCGGUCUUGCAAGGGGCCGCCGCCGGGCCAGCCACGGAGGACAACCUAUUCGUGGCUCCUAAAGACAGCAUCAUCGUCUGCUCCUACAAGGAGAACAGCCCUUACGACAACUACUGCUGCUACAUCAACCCCAGCGAGGAAAUCUGUUCAGAUCACGAGACGGGCGUUUAAAAGCACCACCGGCCACUUUUCCUCUCAUGAGACUGUUGUUUGGCCAGGUGCGCCUGACAGUAGCAGACUUUCUCAACUUCUGGCUCUGAAAAAAACAAAUCUAUCUAUAUACAUAUAAGUAUUGGCUCCUUUUGCACUGCAUGGGACAAUCCUCAGCUCUUAACUUUCAAGCCUGGUACGUGACUGAAACGCAAACCUUUUGUGCCUGAAAUACUUUGUUCCAUUCUCCCUUUAAGUAAUAAUUAGCAUGUUUAAGGAGGAUCGGUCCUUUUUUAUUAUUAAUAACGAUUAGGAUGGUUUGUAGGGCCGUCUUCGGUUGGAAAAUGUUGCAGGGAUUGGGGAUGAAAAUUUCAUGACAGUUCAUGUCAGGGCAGACUUCAGUAUUUAGGGCCAGACUGUUGGGAUUCCAGGACUGGGAGGCUGUGGGAGCGUGGCUGGGGCAGCAACAUAAAUCACCUUUGUUUCUCCCAUCCAUUUCUGUAUUCCACUCAGAAGCCCAGACAGGCAUGGGAAUCAGGAGGCAGCACAGAAUUGAACAGAUUCAGGGUGUAAUUAAAAACAACCCCUUCUUUAUCUGCACCAAAUUACAGUCAUCACUAAUUUAGCUUGCUGCUAGAACUCCCUAUUUUGUUUUGCUUUGUUCUGGUGCAUCUAGUCUACUGUAAAUGGCCUCUGCUUAACCCAAAGCAGCCUAAUAUACUGGCCUGAAUCAAGAAACCAACACCGCAUUUCCUCUUUCUCAAGCUAUGUGGUCUGGACCCACACUGCCCCUACCUCCCCUGUGACUGAUUGCGCUGCCAAAUAACUAUUCUGAGGUUCCAACCAUGGAACUCCACUCCAUUCUUCAUGGGAAAAAGAGAGUGUCCUGUAUUCUCCCUCUCCCUUGACUUUUGCAAGCAAUAAUAGGAGGUUGGUCACCAUUCAGAAAACUAGAUAUUUUUAUCUGUGCUUAAGGCUUGUUGCUGGUGGGGGUGGGGUAUGUAUUUUUCAUCCUCUUGAAGAUCAAAUGGGCAAGUUGAGGCAGGUCAACCUACAUUGCCUGCAGUGUGUCCAGAACCUGAGAAAAACUCAGAGCAAACAAUUGACCAUACAUAGUUCCAUGAAAAGGGCAAAUAUUAUCCUCCCCUGCUGUUAAGGAAUCUGCUCCUUGAAAAGCAUGUCAUGAAUUUGGAAUCAUGAGUGUUUUUGAUGGUGUUUAUAUAUUACAUCCUCCUUCUAUGAUAAUUCUGGAGGAGGAUCCACAUUAGCCAAUUGCAGCAAUAUCACAUUCAAGUCCAAGGGAAGCUUAAAAGUUAACAGAAUUUAUUUCCACAUAAGUUUUCAUGAGGUGCAUUUGAGUAUACUACUGGACUUUUGCUUGAUCAUCCCUCUGUGCUGUGGCAUUAAUCUGAAAUCUAAUGUAACGUUACAUAUCCAAUUUUAAACUUCGAUCAUAGGGUUGGCUUUAUAAAAUGGAAGAGAACAUGGUUUGUAGAAAUUUGAACAGGCAGAUUGUCUCUUCUUUUGACAGAUGAACUGCACAGCGGAGGACAUUUAUGAGGAUAUUUUAAAAGUUCUUCAUUUUGGAAUUUUAUGUAGGAAAACUGAAUCUAUUGAAAACAAAAGUCUUCUGGCAGUAAAAUAAAACAGGAGUCUAUUGGCACAUUUAUUGUGACAUAGGAUUCCUAACUUCCUAAUUCUCUACAGCCAAAAAUCUGUUUGGCUGCCUCAGAGUAACAUAAAUCCAUUUAUGAUAUUGUAUGGUGAGAACCCUAUUACAGCAUUCACAAUGACUACUUUGAAUGUAUGGCAUGGACUGAUUAAAAGAUGGCACAUGCCAUAGUCAAGCAUCAUCUAAGGACUGACCAGACUUGCAGUGAAGGAUCUUGGUAUGGGGUCUUAUGUGGCUUUUUAAUAUUAAAUGCUAAUUCGCUUUCCCAGGCAGCUGUUUUAAGAAUUCAGGAGGGAGAAGAGAGAGUGUUUAUUUAAUCCUUUGAUCUCCGGUGUCUUCUGUGAUUUAAACACUUCUGUAAAAAUGUAAUUGGCUAUUGUGGGGAAAUACAUGAGUUCAUGUGCCACAGUCUGUAAUGUCCUGCAAGUGCCAAUUUCAGCCUUGGGGAGAUAUUUUUAAAUCAUAAAAGAGUCAUAGAAGCAAAUAGGUAAAUAUUUUCUUUCGCACCUCACUGAGCAACUGAGGUUGCUAACAGACUUGGAGAAAAAUGUCCUUUCCCUUUAAUAAAGGCUUAAUGUGCAGAAAUGGGCAGUUGAAACUUUUCAUGGCAUGGAGAAAAAUAGCAUCACCAUUAAGCCAUUAUUAAAGGAGCAAGAGUUUUUUUUCUUCAGGCAGUUGGCAGCCUUAACCAUCAGACUUUCUCCACUCUUCAAAAGCAGGCUACCUUGGAUUGCAACUUACCUUUUGAAAAAACAAGGAAUAGCCCAAACUUGAUCUUGCAUACCAUGUGUCCCCCUGCCCUUCUAAAUUCCCACUGAAUAUAAAAUACAGUGUUGUUCAGGGGCGCCCAUAGACAUACAUGUGUAUCAGGAAAUUGUGAUUUCCCCCCCAUGUAAUUCAACAUCUAGUAUCAUCUCCCAAGAGAUUUGGCAGACAUGUUGGCCAGUGAAUGAAAUGAUGAUUUGGUAUCUUUCUCCUUCCUGAUAGUUCUAUUUGCCUUUCUUAAGAAGCACUAUAUAUAGUGUUAUUAAUAAAAGUCAAUUUGUCUUUUCCCAUUAACAAACACACACACACUGCAGAAUUCUUAAAAAGACUGAAACACGGGUUCAGAAGAAGCUUGAGGCAUGGGUGGUAACAUCCCUAGUUUCUGGCCAGUCAGAGCUAAGUACAGUUUGUUUUUACUAUUAACUCACAGAAUCAGUUUCCUUUAAACUUUAUUCAGGAGAGAAAUGUGUGUGGGUACACAAAUUGUAGAGCACUUUCUUCCACAGUAUUGCUCAAAUUGUACGUGUAUCUCCACAGAGUGUGGAAUUUACUACCACAGGAUGUGAUGGCUGUCAGCAAUUUUUUUAGAAGUAUUUGCAAAAUUGCCCUGAUCAGGAUAGCCCAGGAUAGCCUGAUCACAUUAGAUCUCAGAAACCAAGCAGGGUCAAUCCUGGCAAGUAUUUCAGAGGGAGACCUCCACGGAAUGUCAGGGUUGUGAAGCAGAGGCAAUUAAUGGCAAACCACCUAUGAACAUCUCUUGCUUUGAAAACCCCCACCACAGGUUGCUUUAAGUCAUAUGCGAUUUGAUGACAACCCAACCCCCCUAACCCCCCAAUUAGAGAAAUUGUGAAGGUUGCUUCUGACUUCCCAGGGCAAUUGGGUAGAAAUAGAAUGCUAGAUCAGAUGGAUUUUAGUUGAUCGUGCAAGAUAGUUAUGUCCUUUCAAAGAAAAGUUUGCUGUCGCAAUACUUUGGCAAAAAACAAUUCUCACUGUUGACUUCCAUUGAAAGUGAAUUGGGUCUUUCUAAGAAAUCAUCACAUAUUACAUAACUUUCAUCAGUGUGGUGACGCUAAAUGGAGAUAAUUCAGAUCUGAAAUUAGGACCAUAUGGGCUAUAAUAAAACCAUUGGCAUAAUCCAGCCAAAGCGAAGCAGUUUUUUGGAGUCCUAUGGUUUUCAGUUCCUCUGUUGAAUACAUGCUUAAAUAUCUCCAGUUGAAAACAAUGGAAUUUCAAAAUGUUUAAUUUUUAGCUGGGCCAUUUGUCCAGAUAUUUUUAAAAAUAAAAUGCAAAGAGCCUGGAGGUUGGCAUUUUGGCAUAUUUAUACGUGAUGCAUCAUUGUUUACCCCUCACGAUCACCAUGAUGGAAAGAAGGAUUUGUCAUCUCAGCACAAAAACGGAUUGCGUCAGCAGGCCUUGCAGAGGCUACAGGGAAUGAAUUUGCAAAUUCAAUGCAUAUUAUGUUUCUGUAUCAUAUGGGCAAUAUAUCUGUAAUAUCAUAUUUGAGAUUUUAUAUAUGUUAUAUAUUUAAUCUAUGCAGAAAGUCUUCCAAGGGUUAAAACAAAGAACAACAUAUUCAAUA